UAUUUGUAAAUUGGCCCGUCGCGUCCGCCAAGAGCUGGUCGAGCGCAGUCGGUCGGGAGCUCGGAGCUCGGGACCCUCCUCGGCUCUCCCGAUGCCGCCGCUCCUAAUCCCCGUGUAAAUAAUCGUCACACCUCCAGCGCUGCGUUGACGAUCCGUGCGCCAGCGCCAGUCGAUUAGAUAAGCUCCGCGGACCAACUCGUCGCCAAUUAACAUGUGAGUCUCGCGGACAUGGCGAAAUCCGACGACGAUUCCAAAAAAUACAGCGAGGACGAUCAAAACAUGGACGACGAGAGCGACGAUUCGAUAGGAUGCAUCCGACGGUUCAUUCUGGGGUUGCGGAUCAAUCCCAACUUAAUAAUGUUAAAAGUGACUUUAUUUGUGAUGUACGGAGCGACCGCAUCGCUCCUACCCUAUUUGACUAUACACAUGCAAAGCAUAGGACUAACUGUUCCAGAAAUAUCAUUUGUGUAUUUAGCGUUGCCAUUUACAACGUUUCUUAGUCCACCCAUUACAGGAUUCCUAGUGGAUCGUUUCGGGGAAUACAAACCGGUGGUGAUCACAGCGUUGAUACUGAACGCGGCUUUCCAUCAUUCAUUAUUGUUGAUACCGCACCAGGAGACGCCGGGGAUCAUGCCGUCGGCGUACGUCAUGCGACAUCCCAUCAAACGGAGCGUUGAGAUUUGGUGGAGUCCGUGCCCAAGCAGGGAAUGUCCGGAUGAAGACGAACAGGUGGAUUUCGUGCUGGACAGAUGUGUGGACCACUGCAUGCUGUCGAGACCCACUGAAAGCCCCACUAUCGAUCCCUCAGAUGAUGAAGAUGAUUUGGAUUUCCAUAUAAGUCACAAAAUCAAACCACCGAAUUUGUCUAACACUAGUUUUUUGAAUAUAACAGGCGACGACGAAGAUUACAAUGACGCUGCUUUCUUUUUGAUUGAAGUUCACGAUGACUUGGGGGAACCUAAAGAGCAACUCGGAAUUGAAAUGGAGCGGGAUGAUAAUGACACAGUAACGGAUUUCCGAUCUAGAUUCGGCGAGAAGCUAUUAAUAGCGCAAGGGGUAAAUAUAACUGCGCUGGAUAAAGAGGAUCUUAGAUGCGGGGGUCUUGUCAUGCUGCACAAUAUGACCAAACUAUCGCAACAACGACUUGAAACACUUUCAGCUGAUUGCAUGGUGCAAAAAUGCAAUUUUAGGAAAGGUGGUCCAGAAAUUUGUCCACCAGAUUAUAAAGAGAGCGACGACAAAACGUUUUAUAUUUAUUUUCUCCUGAGGUUCAUGGGUACAAUCAUGCUAUCUGCCGGCGUCACAAUAAUGGAUCCGAUCGCUUUGACGAUGAUUCAAAAAUACGGUGGCGACUUUGGCAGAGAACGUUUAUUUUCUAGCAUCGGAAUGGCAAUAUUUUCUCCUAUCACGGGCAUGCUUAUAGAUAUGAGGAGCAAACAAGUCGGUUACACAGACUACUCAGCUGCUUUUUACACUUACGACGUUCUGCUUCUGAUAUCAGCAGGAACCGUCGCUGUUAUGCCUCUCGGUGCAAAGCUACCUGCUGAUAAUUUAUUACACGAUUUAGUUAACAUUAUCAAAAUGCCUCAUAUUAUUUUGUUCAUAUUUUUCCUGUUCGCGUUAGGAAACUUUUGGGGGUUCAUUGAAUCUUACUUAUUUUUAUAUCUGAAAGAAUUGGGCGCACCGAAUUUCUUACUUGGAAUAACCGUGACCGUGGGCACUCUGAGCAGCAUCCCGUUCCUGUACGGCGCGGACGCCAUCACCGCCCGCAUUGGACACGUCAACGUUAUCAUCGUUGCGUUCUUUUCCCACGCCGCCAGGCUCGUUGGCUAUUCAUUUAUCGAGAAUUCCUGGUGGUGUUUCCCGUUCGAGGCAAUGGAGUCCUUGUCAGUGCAUUUGAUGUGGGUUGCGGCUGCGACGUACUGCGCUAUGCUGGCACCUAAAAAUCUGUUAGCUACGCUCAUUGGCGUGUUGGGAAUGGCACAUUUCAGUUUAGGCAGAGGCAGUGGAAGUUUCGGUGGUGGUCUCCUAAUAGCGUCGCUUGGGACAAGGGAAGCGUUCCGUUACAUGGGCUUGAUAGCGUUCUUAGGUGGCGUCUUGUAUGGCGCUCUGCAUUAUUUCUGGCUGAGAAAAAUCACUAUGACUGGUAUGAGAGAAGUUUGUGAGCAAGAUACGGAUAGCGGUGAAGGAGAUAAACUGAACGGUGAACCAUUGAGGAAAGAUGCCGAAACGAUGGUGUCCCUUGAGAGGUUGCACAUGAUCACUCGCUUCAAUCCCUUGGGAUCUCUACGCUCAUUGCCGAGAAGUUCGCGCGCUAGACUGUCUCAAGGUGAUAUCAACGAUCUUUACCGAAGCCGCAGUGGCAGCAGCAGUCAGCGUCGUUGCAGCAACAUCGAGAUCUUGCCAAAAACUCCGCAGGGCUCCGCUUCGAAAGUCGACCUGCUGCGCUCGGCGCUCGAGAUUACGCACCAACACGGAAAGAGCCAUAUUUCCAAUCCGGUGUUAUCGAAUCAGAUCAGAGUUACCCAUAAUCCAUAUAAGUUGGCCAACAGUGCUCCGAAGCUCACACAACGCAAUGACAUAUCACAGCCGAUGCUCGCCGAAUACGACCCACGACGUCGAGACUCCAUACCCGAGGAAGCAGAAGAGGAGCAUGCAGCAAAGCCCCCGGCGAAAACCAAAGGCCACCCCCCGCCGCCGCCAACGUACGACGAGGCGACCAAAGAACACAGAAAGAGUUGGCAUUCCGACGACAGUAGCCCCGCUUAGAUGUAUAAAUUUUUGUUACAUGAGCUAAAAGUAAUGAAAUUUCUCAUAUUAAAAUUUCUUUUGCC